AUGAAACAUAAGCAGACUCUAGAGAUCAGGGCCAUGGACACACAAACGGUGAGUUUGGCCUUUCCAGGAGGUGCCUGCCUGAGGGAUGAGAGGCUCGAAGAAAGAUUAGAGAAGGCAGCCGUGAGGAUUCAGUCAUGGUGGCGUGGCAAUGUGGUGCGCCGGACGCUACUGCACGCUGCGCUCAGGGCCUGGGUCAUCCAGUGCUGGUGGAGAUCGAUUCAGGCCAAGACAAUGGAGCAGAGAAGGCGCCUGGCACUAAGACUUUACUCCUGCCAAGAGUGGGCAGUGGUGAAGGUGCAGGCCCAGGUUCGGAUGUGGCAGGCCCGCAGGCGCUUCCUCCAGGCCCGACAAGCUGCCUGCAUCAUCCAGACUCACUGGCGCUGGCAUGCCAGCCAGACCCGCGGCCUUAUCAAGGGCUGCUAUGAGGUCAGAGCAAGGCGGAUGGAGCUCGACAUCGAAAUCCUCAUGACCUAGGACACCGCAGAGCCAAAGAGACUGGAUCUCUCUUUCAAUAAAUACACUUACUGACCA